AUGCGUGAAAUUCUUCACAUUCAAGGUGGACAAUGUGGGAACCAAAUUGGAUCAAAAUUCUGGGAAAUGGUCUGUGAUGAACACGGGAUUGACCCAACUGGGCGUUACAAUGGGACUGAUGCACUUCAAUUGGAAAGGGUUAACGUUUAUUUCAAUGAAGCAAAUGGUGGGAGAUAUGUCCCCAGAGCUGUUCUUAUGGACCUUGAACCAGGAACUAUGGAUAGUAUCAGAAGUGGCCCUUAUGGCCAAAUCUUUAGGCCAGAUAACUAUGUUUUUGGUCAAUCUGGUGCUGGAAACAACUGGGCUAAGGGUCAUUACACCGAAGGCGCUGAGCUUAUUGAUUCUGUCCUUGAUGUUGUCAGAAAGGAAGCUGAGAAUUGUGAUUGCUUGCAAGGGUUUGAAGUAUGCCACUCACUUGGAGGUGGAACAGGUUCUGGAAUGGGAACCCUUCUGAUUUCGAAAAUCAGGGAAGAAUAUCCAGACAGAAUGAUGCUUACCUUCUCUGUUUUUCCUUCUCCUAAGGUAUCUGACACUGUUGUGGAACCUUAUAAUGCUACCCUUUCUGUUCAUCAGCUGGUGGAGAAUGCUGAUGAAUGUAUGGUGCUUGAUAAUGAAGCACUAGGGCUUUCCAUGGCUUCCACAUUCAUUGGGAAUUCGACUUCGAUUCAGGAAAUGUUCAGGAGAGUCAGCGAGCAGUUCACUGCCAUGUUCAGGAGGAAGGCAUUCUUGCAUUGGUACACAGGAGAAGGAAUGGAUGAGAUGGAGUUUACAGAAGCAGAGAGCAAUAUGAAUGAUCUUGUUGCAGAGUAUCAGCAGUACCAAGAUGCUACUGCUGAUGAAGACAAUGACUACGAAAAUGGGGAAGACGGAACUGAAGGAAAUUAAAGGCAGUUAUGCCAUUUUUCAGCCAUUUCAUGUCUCUAUUUUUGAUGUAAUGUUCUGUACUCAUUAGUCUUUGCUUUUGAGACAUGAAAUGGUUCACCAAAAAAAAAAAAAAAGGACAUGAAAUGAUGAAACAAUUAGUCUACUCAAUCAAAUGAGUAAAAUCAUCACCAGUUGAUGAAAUGCCAAAUGAUUACGAAUCUUUCAACUUGAGAUUUCCAAUUAGGAAUAUCAACUUCUGAAACGAUUAUUUUU